AUGGUCCUCCUGGUGGACGGGUCGUGGAGCAUCGGUCGCAUCAACUUCAAAACCAUCCGGAACUUUAUCGCUCGCAUGGUCAGUGUGUUCGACAUCAGCCCUGAGCGCGUGCAGAUCGGUCUGGCUCAGUAUAGCGGAGACCCAAAGACAGAGUGGCACCUGAACUCUCACCCGAACAAAGUCUCACUCCUGGAGGCGGUGGCCAACCUGCCGUACAAGGGCGGGAACACCAUGACAGUGUCUGGAGCAGCCCCCUCCUCAGUGUCUGUGUCUGAGGAGACCCCUGUCAGUCUGAGGGUCAGCUGGACUCCCCCCAACGCACAUGUGCAGCAGUACAGGGUCAGCUACAGCCCCCUGAGGGGAGACCGAGGGGCCGACCCACACCACGGCCAAGACCGAGACCAAGACCGGGACCAAGACCGAGACCGGGUCCUCACAGUCCCUGGCGGCUCUCGGGAGGUGCAGCUCCGCGGUCUGCAGCCGGACACACGCUACAGCAUCAUGGUGACGGCAGAAUACAAGACCAGAGAGGGAGGGAGCGGGACAACCCAGGGGAAGACCAACAGCCUCCGCGUCAGCAGUGUCAGUGUCCUCCGUUCAGAUGAUUCUUCUCUGUGUGUUUCCUGGAGACCUGUGUCUGUGGUGGACGGAUACCGGCUCCUCCUGCAGGCCAGCUCCGACCCCAGACUGGAGCAGACCGUGGACUCGUCCAGCACCAGUCACUGUUUCUCCAGUCUUCGUCCUGAGACUUUGUACAGGAUCAGUGUGUUCUGCCGACUGGGAACAGUAGAGGGCGCUGCUGUCAGCAUCCUGCACCCCACAGCCUCAGCUCCGGUCAGACCUGUUCCCCCGCUGGUCCCGGUCCACACUGAAGUUUGUCCUGAAGUCACCAUCCGGAACAAGAUCGUCAGAGGCUUUGACAUGAUGCAGGUCUUCGGUCUGACUCGGACCGAACACUCGUCUCUGCAGGGGGUCUCUGCUGAGCCCUUCGUCUUCACCUCACUGCCAUCGUACAUUGUGCACCGCAACGCAGAGCUGAGGCAGAGAACCAGCCUGAUCCACCCCCUCGGUCUCUCUCCAGACUUCACGAUCAGUAUUUCGUUUCGUCUCCUUCAGGACACGCCCCCUGAGCCCUUCGCUCUGUGGCAACUCACAGACUCCGCCCACAAACCCAAGAUGGCCGUCGUUCUGGACCCCUCGGUGAAGCUCCUGGUCUUCAGGAGUCUGGAUUACAGAGGGGAGGUGCAGGAGGUGACCUUUGACCAGCCGCAGGUGCACAGGCUGUUCUACGGAAGCUUCCACAAGGUCCACCUCAGUGUCACCCAGGUCUCGGUCUCCCUCUCCAUCGACUGUCUUCCUGUGGGGGAGAGAGCGGCUCGUCCUGGAGGAGCUCUGCCCACGGACGGCUUCGAGAUGUUGGGGAAACUGAGCGGAACGAGAGGCCCUGGAUCUGCUCCGUUUCAGUUGCAGAGUUUUGAGAUCAUCUGUAACACAACGUGGUCUUCAGAGGACACCUGCUGUGACGUGCCCUCAGCGAGGGACGAGGAGAGCUGUCCCGCUCAGCCGUACUCCUGCUCCUGUUCUUCCGACACACCCGGACCCCCGGGACCCACUGGAGCAAACGGCCGACCGGGACCCAGAGGAGAAAAAGGAGACAAGGGCGAGCCAGGAGUGAAGGGGGAGGCGGGGCCCUCAGGGGCCUCUGGAGUGGAGGGAGCUCUGGGGUCAGCGGGCAGCAGGGGCCCCCAGGGGCUGACGGUGCAGGGGAAGAUUGGGCCUCCAGGAGUGCGGGGGGACAAAGGAGACCCUGGUCAGACCGGAGAACAGGGGCCUCAGGGAGCUCAGGGGCCAAAGGGAGAGGAGGGCCCCCAGGGGCCACAGGGAAUCAGAGGAAUGGAGGGAAGUCAGGGGCCCCCAGGUCCUACGGGCCCCCGGGGGUUCCAGGGUAUCCCGGGACAUCCAGGUCCUGUGGGGGACAGGGGCCUCGGGGGGACGGUGGGGCCCACGGGUCUACCCGGCAACAAGGGAGAGAGAGGAGAGAAGGGGGAGCCUCAGUCCAUGGCUCUGAUCCUGCAGCUCGUCACUGAGGCCUGUGAGCACAUGGUCCACAAGGAGGUCCUCAAACUCGACCUUCUCAUCAAUGACAUGAGCCGUAAACCUGCCCCGGUCCAGGACCCAGUGGGGCCUCCAGGAGAACCGGGAAUCCCAGGCCCCAGGGGUCCCCCAGGCUCCAGAGGGGCCACAGGCAAUGUGGGGACCAGAGGCCGACCAGGACGCCCGGGAUACCCUGGAGAGCAAGGGAGGAGGGGUCCGAACGGAGCAAAGGGAGACCCAGGGCCCAAUGUGCAGGGGCCCCCAGGGAUCAAAGGCUUUGCAGGUUCUGCUGGUGAGUCCUCAUUGGGACCCCCAGGGCCUCAGGGAGAGCAGGGCAGACCAGGGCCAGAUGGAGCAGCUGGAUCCCCGGGACAGACUGGGGAGCACGGGCCCCCAGGGGCCUGUGACAGCAGCCGGGGCUGUGAGAGAGGGGCCCAGGCACCAGAAGAGUCUUAUUACGGAUACGAGCAAUGA